GUGAGCGGGUGGGUUUAUUUUUGGGUCAGUGACAGUGUGUCAAUGGCCGCAGAUGCAUCGGAAAGGAAGGCUCUGAGAUACAAGCAGACCCUGCUCUAUGGGGAGUACCAAGAGAACCAAGGAGGCUCUGGCAGACGGGAGGCCACACGCCUGCUGACAGAGAGACAGAUCAAGAAACAUGGCAACCAUCACCACAGCCACGGCAAGACACGACACGGCCGGUGCAGCCAUGGUCAAAAUGGAUACCACAGUAGGCAUCAGCACAGCUACCACAGCAGACAUAGGAGCAGGCGUCAGUCCAACAUGGAGGCGGGGGAGCAAACAGCUGAACCUGACCUCACGUCCUCUAUAAAGAAGAAACGCUCCUACUCCAAAUGUAGAGACUGCAUAGCACGGGUGCAGCGAUUCCUUGUGACCAGGUUAGGAGAGGACUGGAUCUUCCUUGUUCUGCUGGGCAUCACAAUGGCACUGGUCAGCUGGACAAUGGACUACGCAAGUGCAAAGAGCCUGCAAGCCUAUAAAUGGAUUUAUGGGGAGCUGAGGGGAAACAUCCCCCUGCAGUACCUGGCUUGGGUUUCAUAUCCCCUGAUCUUCAUCCUGUUCUCCUCCCUCUUCUGUCACCUGGUUGCUCCUCAAGCUAUCGGUUCUGGUAUCCCAGAGCUGAAGACCAUCCUGAGAGGUGUGGUGCUAAAGGAAUAUUUAACUCUCAAGGCCUUUAUUGCUAAAGUCAUUGGUCUGACUGCAGCUCUGGGCAGCGGGAUGCCUGUAGGCAAAGAGGGCCCGUUUGUUCACAUCGCCAGUAUCUGUGCUGCAGUUCUCAGCAGGUUCAUGUCCUUCUUUUCAGGAGCUUAUCAGAAUCCAUACUGCUAUACAGACAUCUUGACAGUGGGCUGUGCUGUUGGGGUUGGCUGCUGCUUUGGUACUCCACUUGGAGGUGUGCUCUUCAGUAUAGAGGUAACAUCCACAUACUUUGCUGUGAGGAACUACUGGAGAGGAUACUUUGCUGCUACAUUUAGUGCCUUCAUAUUCAGAGUGUUAUCCGUGUUCAACAAAGACGCAGUAACCAUCACUGCUCUGUUCAGGACAAACUUCCGCAUGGAUUUCCCUUUUGACCUGCAGGAGCUGCCAGCAUUCGCCAUCAUUGGGAUCUCCUGUGGGUUCUUGGGGGCGUUCUUCGUCUAUCUCAACAGACAGGUUGUGCUGUUCAUGAGACGGCCCAACGCCAUGACCCGCUUCCUGACCAAACACCGGCUGGUCUUCCCUGCUGUGGUAACCCUGGUCAUUGCCACCUUGACCUUCCCACCUGGGUUUGGACAGUUCAUGGCAGGAGAGCUGAUGCCGAGAGAGUGUAUCAACUCCCUGUUUGACAACUUUACGUGGACAAAGAUUUCAGGAUCUCCUCCUCCGGUUGGUUUGGGCCUCUCUGCUGCCUGGCUGCACCCUGAUGUCAGUGUCUUCCUCAUCCUGCUGCUCUUCUUAUUCAUGAAGUUCUGGAUGUCCGCAGUGGCCACCACCAUGCCCAUUCCAUCUGGGGCCUUCAUGCCUGUUUUCAUACUGGGAGCUGCAUUCGGCCGGCUGGUAGGGGAGAUCAUGGCCACCCUGUUUCCUCAUGGGAUCGUGUUUGAUGGCAUCCUUUACCGUAUCAUCCCUGGAGGGUACGCAGUCAUUGGAGCGGCAGCUUUGACUGGGGCUGUGACUCACACGGUGUCCACGGCAGUUAUCUGCUUUGAACUGACAGGCCAGAUCUCCCACAUCCUGCCCAUGAUGGUGGCAGUAAUCCUGGCCAACAUGGUGGCCCAGGGCCUGCAGCCCUCCCUGUAUGACUCCAUCAUCCAGGUCAAGAAGCUACCGUACCUGCCGGAGCUCGGCUUCGGACACAUAAGCCAGUACAACAUCUUUGUAGAAGACAUCAUGGUGAGGAAGGUAAAGUUCAUAUCGUCCAAGUCCACAUACAGAGAAGUCAAACUCCUGCUGGACUCCUCCUCCAUCAGUUCAAUCCCACUGGUCGACUCAAAAGAUUCUAUGAUCUUAUUGGGCAGCAUUGACAGGUUGGAGCUUUUGGCUCUCUGUGAUUGGUGGUUGUCACCAGAGAGAAGGCUCCUGAUGCAGGGUCAGAGUCUACAGGAGCAGAACCAAUCUCAGAAACACAGCUGGGAGUCCUUUGCCUUCGUAGAUGAGGAGGAAGAAGAGGACGGAGAGAAGGGCAGCCCAUUGCAGGAGGAGAGAAACGGCCCCCUGCCUCCUCUGAAGCCUCAGGAGCCCUCCUCAAACCACACUGCUCCUGUUCCCGAAAAAGGUCCUCUUCAGUCUGUGAGGAAAACACUCAGGAAUCUCUUCACCUCUGAGAACAGAAAGACAGACGGACAGUCACAGGAGCCCUGUCCUCCUCCCCUGUCAGACACAAUGACACCAGAGGAGAUCAAAGCGUGGGAAGAGGCAGAGAUGGACAAGCCGAUGGAAAUCGAUGAGAUACGAAUAGACCCUUCCCCUUUCCAGCUGGUUGAGAGAACAUCAUUGCACAAGACCCACACCUUAUUCUCACUGCUGGGGCUUAGUCAUGCUUAUGUGACCAGUAUCGGCAAACUGGUGGGAGUGGUGGCACUGAAAGAGCUCCAGAAAGCCAUCGAGGGCUCCACGCGCUCUGGUGUCCGGCUCCGUCCUCCCCUCGCCAGCUUUCGCGACAUCAACAACCACAACUCUGUCUCUAAACCUCCACCUUCUUCUCCCGCUGUGCCUUCCUCUCCGACCUCCACCUCCGCUCCCUCAACUACGACUGCUCCCCAACCUCCAUCCCCCUCUCCCCCGCACCACCACCACCACCAUCAUCUUCAUUACCAUGAGAAUGAAAGAGAGGUGUGGAUCGAGGGCGUGACGAUGGAGGUGGAGGACAGCAGCAGCUGUAGCGCGGGAAGUGGCGGUGUUAGCAGCAGCACCGGGGCCUGCAGCUCACCCAGUGGGAGCUGCAGCUACAACAGCAACCUCACCCUGCCUCCCUCCACUACUCCACCUCCAGUCCCCUCUUCCUCCACUCCUCCUCUUCCUCCUUCUCCUCCUCCCUCCCCUGGCCUGAGACCCUUACAGAGACUCCUUGAGGGGGAUGAAGACAGUGAUGAUGAGCCAAUGGUUUAGAUAAGACAAGAGUGUUGGUUAUGUUUUUUAUAAUGGAAAACUUUUUUAAUGGUUUGAGUUUUUUCUUUUGUUCUUAAUUUGUUGCUCCGGUCUUUGGACACUCAUUUACCUCUUUUUGUCACCACUUAGGUAGAGAAAAGAUUUGUUUGCUUGAAGCUACGCCGAGCUAGGCUUAACUCUUCUUGUUUUGAGGACAGUUUAUCCCACACUUACUGACUGUCUGCUCAUUUUACAGACCUUCGCCCACCACAGUUCUCUGUCUUUCCUUAAUAAGCUCUGUAUGUGUGUGUUUUUUGAUACUUUUCCUGCCUCAAUUCCAUCUCAUUUUCUCUUUCUAGUUGUUUUUCACAGAGUUUCAAGGGUUCAAACAAAGUAGCUUGUACCCUUGCCACUGAUAUCCGCUAUUUCAAAUUUUUACACCAAAAAAACCCCAGCAUUACGACAACAAUAGCAACCAAAACUGACCAUUAAAAGGCUGAAGAAUGAAUUAUUUUACUGUUAGUGGCUCCUCAAGGUAACAUAACUAACUCCUAGUUUGCUCAUUUUCUGGUACAUACUUGCAUUUUGUAGAGAUGCAGCGAUUUUGAAAUGAUGGGCCGAUAGUGAUAUUAAUGUUUAAAUAACAAUUGGCUGAUACCAAUACGGAUGUUUUUAUGUUGUUUUGUUGUUGUUAUUUAUGCCCCCUUUUGUGCCAGGGAAACAAAAAAAUAUACACUAUCAAAAAAAUAGCCAUUCAGCUCUUCAUUACACUACCUUUGAAUAAGCACGAAUGUAGUCAUACAAAUUUAUGAAACAACCUUUAAUAUAACUUGUCAUAAAACAUCUUUUGAAACAAUAAAUGCCUCAAAAGCAUUUUACUUCAUAUAAUAUGACAUUUCUUUAGUAUCUAUUUUAUAUUGCUGCAAAAACAUCAAAAAAUUUCUCCUUCAAAGAGCUAUUUUAUUCAAGUUUCCCACCAAAAGUUACAUUUUUUUCACGAUUACAUUGAACACAUCAUGAGAACAUUAUAAUUUACCCCCGCCCAAUACUAAUUUUUACUGAAUGAAGCUUGAACAUAACGUAAUGAAACCUCCUUGAGCUGAUAGUUGAGGCCACCGGCUGCUAACAGCUAACUUUAACUAGCUCUCUUCCUGCCGAUGUCCACACAGAUUAGACAGUAAUGAGUUUACCAUGUUCUUUCCUGCCAAGAUGUCCUGGAGAAGAUUAUUCGUCCAAAACAUAUUUCCUAUUGUCCCUGGGACGACAGAACACUGGUUGCUACUCGCCAUCUCGUCACAGAACAGUGACAUUACAGAGCCCGUUUGCCAAACAGUCUUUGUAUUCUUCUUGUGCCUGCUCAUUGUUUUAAGUUCGUGGUAAACAACGGCAACAGUGCUGACAGAGCUAACAGUGUUAAAUAGGAAGGAGUUAGAGAAUGGGUGAUACAAUUCUACAGUGAUGCCAUCCCGAUAUCAACGGUAACUGCCGUAAGAGCACAGUGCAAAAUGGCAGCAAUAAGCAAACCAGCAAGAUACACACAUACAGGUGAAGACAUCUGUUACGAGCUGACGUCAGCUUGUCUCGAAAGAAGAAAAAACGUUGGAAACAGAGAAUUUAGAAGUUUUACAUGCAUUUACCUCAUUUGAAAGUUUGUUUGAUAUGAACAUCCAACAUUGUUACAUUACAUAAAUAUAUAUGACAAAAAAGAAGGGAAAGCAUAAUAGGUCUCCUUUUAGUAUCAUGAAGAAUUCACUUAAAAAAAUAUUACAGAAGAAUAAAUGUAUAAUGCAAUGCCAUACACUGCAUUGUCCCACUUUUGAUUUUGAUUGAUGAGGCAUAUCUCUGUAUCACAGUGGUUUCCAGCACCACAUAUGUUGCAUAUUUGUAUUUUUAUUAACAUAAUAGGAAGAGUAAUCCAAACCUGCGCUGCCCAGAAGUGAACCCAGUAAAUUCCAGCACAGCGGUUGUGUUACCUGAUCGUUUAUGUGUCUUUAAAAAAAAGAGUUUUAUCGGAUGAGAGCAGGAGUUAUUGAUUUUCUGAACUGGCAGCAGACCAUCUGGAUAGCAGCAGACUAAUGGAGCUGCUCAGUCCGCUGUGGAAGAUUGGCCGAAGCCCCAAAACGACCUCCAAAUUGUGUGCUGACCUUGUAAAUGCAGCCUCAGAGCUCAUCUCAUCACGGUUAAGUUGAUAGAUGGUUCAGCUAAAGGCGGCUGACAACAGCCCAAUCUGGCUGCGUAGGACCAUUUUUUCCCCCUCUUCCCUAAUAAGGAUGCCUUCCAGAUUUUGCAGAAAUCCCACAUGACUACUUUACUUUUUUAUUUAAUAAUGAUGAGGAUAAUGUUGCACAAAUAAACAACACAAGCCUUUCAUUCCAAAUUAUGACAUGAUUCAUGCUCCAAAAACAGUGACAAUACAAAGUGAUGACUAACUGUCAAGAUGGUGAGAGACAGCUGACAUUUUCUUACAUAACAUCUAUGUUAAAUGAAGAUGCAGAUGUAUGUUGACAGAGAGAUAUUUGCCAAUCAGUGCAUUAAUUAGCUUUAUGAAUUCCCUCAUUAGCAAAGCUGUUUAAUAUAGACCUGACUGUUGAAGCUGUUCAUGUGACAUGUCCUUCUCUCAGCAGCUACCAAAGUGAUGAUUUUCAUUCUAGUUCUUAAAAACUUAAGGGAAACCACAGGACUGCAAAUGCCAUUACUCAGCCCCCCAGAUGAUCAUUUCUAUACCAAUUACUCACCCUGUGUAACACUUAAUUUAUGAAGAAAACUUGCCUCUACAUUGAACGGAGAAUCCAAAAACAGAGAUUUUUUUAAGGAUUGAAGUCAUGGAGAUUGUUUAACAACAGCAAAAUAUCAAAACAUCUGUUUAAAAAAUCUCACACAAUUCUUGCAGUAUAAUCUGUCUCAUUUAUCCAGUCGUACACUCAGCACUUCCUAAACAGACAGCCCUUUCUAACAAGGAACAAACUGUUCGUCUUUGAAAGGGUAAGUUUGGAUUCACCAAAGUCACAUAAUAACACAAACUAACUGAUUGAGGCAGUGGCAGACCAGCAGCUCCUGUGUUCAGCUCGGUAAAAAGACUA